UCGCUGUCAACAAGUUACAAGUGGUUCACUCUAGACCACUUAUAUACACUUUAUUACAGUAAUACUUUUUAAAUAGGAAGACAGUUUUGGCAGAACGAGACGCAAACGUACUAAUGGUGAUGAUAUCACUAAUACCUGUAGCUUUGUCCAUAGGCCUAAUUCUGUUCCCGUCAAUUUUGGCACAGGUGGACAUACCGAGUUCUACCAAUUUACCAAAUACCGAUGAAGGAACCGGUGAGGGAUCCGGCGACACAUCUGCCUUUAUUCCACCUAAAGAAAGUCACUACUGCCCAGAAGAUGGUGUACAAAAUGUUACAGAAACAGACACAGUUCCAUGCAUAAAUAUACUAACAGUAGCGGAACAAGGAUGGGAAGCUGAUACCGGCAAAUCUGUGUACACCGAUGAUAAUGGCGUACUAACUUGUCAUGUUUUCAGGAUUGUUGAGAAGGCAGUCAUUAUUGAAGUUUGCUGUGACGGAUGGAUGGGCGGGUUUUGUGAAGAAGCUAUUUGUGAGCCAGAGUGCUUGAAUGGUGGCAAAUGUAUAGAACCUGGCACAUGUAGUUGUCCAGUUGAAUAUGAAGGCGCCCGUUGUCAAGAUAAAAUAGAAAUUAUUGUUGAUCCAUUGCCAACUGGCAGCACUAAUCUUGGACAACGUACAUUGUCAACUUGUGUAUCGUGGAAUGGUGACCACUAUCGUACAUUCGACGGCACCCAUUUCACAUUUAAUGGUCAGUGCACAUAUACACUUGCAGCAGAUAAAGACGGCCUCUGGAGCAUUCUUGAGAAAAACGUUGACUGUGAUAAUGUAAACACUUGUCACAAGCGCAUUGAAAUCCUGCUGAAUUUUGAUGAGCUCAUCAUCGAGCGUGGCUUAAUCACAUUCAAUUCAGAGCCAGUCACUAGCUUCCCAUUCUUCAUCAGUGGGAUAUCUCUGAGUGUCAUUGGUGAUUUCACAUUCAUGGAAAGCAGUCUAGGGGUAACAGCUAAAUGGGAUGCAACAAACACUAUCUAUGUGACACUCCUCCAAGACCUGCUCAAUACAGCCGUUGGUCUUUGUGGAACAUAUGACAAUGAUCCAUCUAAUGAUUUCACAUUGAAAAAUGGAGAGGUAACAACAGUUUUGUCACAGUUUGGAAAUUCUUGGGAAGCCGCCGUUAUCGGUGAGGUUUGUACAGGUCUUGGUUCUGACCACCCGUGUGUGACUCACCCAGAACGUGUAUCAACAGCCGAGGAGCUCUGUGCCGUAAUUACAGCAUCGGAGUUUAAGCAAUGCAGCGGCACUGUGGAAUAUACGCCAUAUUUGGACGCAUGUAUAUAUGAUGUCUGUGCCUGGGGAAACACCAAUGACGAUAUGAUGGAAAUACUUUGUGAUGUACUCCAGGCAUAUGUCAGGGAAUGUACCAUGGAAAACAUAAUCCUAGACUGGAGGAGUGAACAGUUCUGUCCCAAAGAAUGUCCCGGUCUUAUGGAGUACAAGGAAUGCGGUAGCAGGUGCAAGAGAAACUGUGCCACCAAGAACAUGGAUCUUGGGCUUCAUUGUUCACCAGAAUGUGUCAGUGGAUGCGAAUGUCCGGAAGGUUACGUUGAAGAAAAGGGCAAAUGCAUUGAAGUUGAAGAUUGCCCUUGUAUUUAUAACAAAAAGGAAUACGUAGCUGGAGACGUGAUACAGAUUAAAUGUAAUAACUGCACUUGCGACUCUGGAGAGUGGACUUGUACAAAUGAUGUUUGUAAGGCAACAUGCUCAGUGUUUGGGGAUCCGCAUUAUGUAACAUUUGACCAGAAGUACUAUACAUUUCAGGGCGAUUGUGACUAUGUUUUAGCUGAGGACUAUAUUGACGGUAAAUUCAGUGUCAUUGUAAACAACAAAGAGUGCGGCAACAGCUACUCUCUCACCUGCACUCGCUCGGCUGUCAUCACCAUCUCUAAUACCGUAGUUACGCUAAACGCCAACCUUGAAGUGCUUGUUAACGGUCAGCUGGCAACUAUGCCUUACGAGAAUGCUGAUCUGGCUAUCGUCCAACCGUCAUCCAUGUUUGUUGUGGUCCAUGGUUAUGGUUUGAGGGUUGAGUGGGAUGGAGUCUUUCGGUUGUAUGUGACCGUUCAACCAUCGUUUAUGAACAAGCUCCGUGGUCUGUGUGGUACAUAUGAUUUCAACCAGAAUAAUGACUUCAUGACACCAGAAGGUGACGUUGAAGCCAGCAAAAUCCAAUUUGCAAAUAAAUUCAAAACGAAUAGCAACUGUCCAGAUUUGGAAGAGUCUUUGAAUGUCUACGUGCCUUGCAAUUUCAAUAAACUCAUGAGGAGCUUUGCUGAAGAGAAAUGCGCUAUUGUCUACCAAGACAUUUUUAAACCUUGCCAUGGAUUUGUAUCCGUUGAAAUGUAUUACGAUGCUUGCAUGUACGACGUUUGUGGCUGUGAAACAGACAAAACCAACGAAUGUCUCUGUGGUGCUGUUUCUGCAUACGCCAGAGAAUGUGCAAAUGCAGGCGCCCCAGUUUUCUGGAGAGAGCAUGAACUAGUCAUUGAUCAUUGUGCCAUUCAAUGUGAGGGCAACAGCAUCUAUUCCGAGUGCAGUCGUGGAUGCGGUAGGACCUGUCAUCAGCUUGCAUUUCCCUGCUUUAAAGAUGAUUUUUGUGUUGCUGGCUGUGUCUGUCCUGAUGGCCAAGCUAUCAGCGAUAAUGGAGAAUGCGUACCAUACUCUGCGUGCUACUGUACAUUCGAAGAUCAAACUUAUCCUCCAGGUGCUGAAUUGGAACGCCCUUGCAUGACUUGCGUUUGUACCAAUGGUACAUUUGAAUGUGAUGGUGAAGAGUGCGCAGAUGAGGUACAAUGUCCUAACAAUCUUGUAUAUUCGCAACAUGCAUCACCGUGCCCUAAGACUUGCAGAAAUUAUGACAACUAUCAACCAUGUUCAGGCUCGACGCGGUCAGGUUGUGAAUGUCCUGAGAAUUAUGUGCUUGCUUACGAUACUUGUGUUUUGCCUGAAAAUUGCCCUUGUCUUCAUGGAGGUAUCCGAUACAACAGUGGUGAAACUAUGCAACCCGACGCUUGCAACACGUGCACAUGUCAUGGCAGAAUGUGGGACUGUACUACAGAACAAUGUUCAGGAACAUGCUCCGUGGUUGGAGAAGGACAUUUCUCGACAUUUGAUGGUAGAAUGUACACAUUCGCUGGGCCUUGUCAGUACAUCCUAGCAGAAGAGGUGAACCAAGCUUUCUCUAUUGACGUGACGACUGUGUUGUGUGGGAGCAGCGGCAUUACAUGCACCCGUGCAAUUGAUAUCCACAUAGGGAACAUCACGGUGUUCAUGGUUAGAGGAUCUGACAUCACAGUUAAUAACGUGCCAAUUACCCUGCCUAAGUACUAUGGCAAUCUGCGAAUUGAGCAAUCUGGCCUCUUUUACAUUGUCACCAGUGACCUGGGCUUGAGAGUGAAAUGGGAUGGAGGAACUAGACUGUACGUGACCAUCGAGCCACAAUUUAACAGCAAAGUUAAAGGUCUGUGUGGAGAUUUCAACGGCGAUCAAAUUAACGAUUAUUCCACCAGAACCGGGUUGGUUGUGCAGUCACCAGACAACUUUGCCAACAGUUGGCAAGUGCUGAACAACUGCCCUGAUGUCUCACUAUUGUCCCUUGAGAGUCCCUGCGAGGUUCAUCCGCAACGUAAAACAUGGGCAAUGCGACACUGUAGUAUAAUACUACAUACAACGUUUGCAGAGUGUCAUGCGCUUGUUGAACCCAAUUCUUACUUUGAACGUUGCACAUACGAUGCCUGUGGGUAA